UAGGUAGAUAUAAAAAGCGCAGGAAGUAUAUGAGUACCUUAGUUAAAAACAAAUUUAUAUUUUCAAUGGCUAACGUGGUUUCGAUUCUUGUUUAUUUUAUUUAUCGUCAAUUGUUUGAAAGAAAGAUAGAAUCAGUUUGUUAAACCAAUCGGUACCAGGUUCAGAAGUAAGCUAGUCCAAUAUUGCUGAUAAUAUCGUACGAAUUUCGUGACUUGUCAGCCGCGAGGUUGGUAAGAGUUCUUUCUGUCUAAAGGCAAAUGUUUUUUUCGUUAGUGGUUUUUUCAAACGUCAACGGUAGUGGUUAUUUUAUGAAUUUUGAAUUGUGGAUAAUUUUGAAACGUUGUUGUGUUACUUUAAACAAUGUUAGUGUCUAAGAAAAACGUUCCACCGAGAAUUAGAACAACACCCUUGUCUAUAUUUGUUGCUUCUCCAUUUAGUGGUGAUGGAAGUGUACAUGGCAAGGCGAAAAGUGUUUCUCCCGGCACUCCGCUCAGAGCUGCGAGCGGCAGAGGUCUGAAUGCGUCGGCGAGGACCCCGGACCUGAGGACGGCCGGCCAGCAGCCGAGGAGGAUGCCGUCGUCCCGGAGCGGCCUCACCUCGAGGUCUCGGUCCACACCGUCCCUCGUGGACGACCGGGAGACGGAGCGCGGCUCGUCGGUGGAGAAGGGGCGGCUCGCGAGCACCCCGUCUCGCGGCCAGCGGGCCGGCGGCAGAGACAGGCCGGCGGGGGGCGCGCCCCUGAAGAACUACCACAGCGAGACGAGCCUGAACGACCUGGCGUUCGCGCCGGCCGCGCUCGGCGGGGAGGAGGAGACGAGCCGGCUGGCCGUCGCCGUGCGGGUGAGGCCGCUGAGCGCCGCGGAGGCUGCCAACCCCGCGGUGACGAACGUCGUGGCGGUGCAGGGGAACGAGGUCUCGGUGGCCUGCGAGCAGGCGAGGUGCCGGUUCGCGUACGACCACUGCUUCUGGUCGUGCGACCGGGGCCACCCCCAGUUCGCGACCCAGGAGGACGUGUUCGCGACCCUGGUGCGCCCGCUCAUCGACAAGGUGCUGGAGGGCUACAACACCUGCUUGUUCGCGUACGGCCAGACGGGCUCCGGGAAGACCUACAGCAUGACGGGCGAGGACCUGGACUCGCCGGAGGGCCCGGGCCCCGGCGCCGGCGUCAUCCCGCGCUUCUGCCACGAGCUGUUCGGGCGCGUGGCGGGCGACGGCCGCAAGGUGGAGAUGACGUACUGCGAGGUGUACAACGAGAGGAUCCACGACCUGCUGGACCGGCGGGAGGCGGCGGGGCGCAAGUGCCUGCGGGUGAGGGAGCACCCGAGCCUCGGCCCCUACGUGGAGGACCUGGCCGUCAAGGAGGUCCGCUCCCUCCGCGAGGUGCUGGAGUGGCUGAAGAUAGGCAACAACCAGCGCGUCACCGCCUCGACGGAAAUGAACGAGAAGAGCUCCCGCUCGCACUCCAUAUUCAGCCUGACUUUGACACAGACCCAGGUGGAGCUGGUGAUGGGGGAGACCAUGGUGAACACCCGCAGCAGCCGGUGCAACCUCGUGGACCUGGCGGGCAGCGAGCGCGUCGCGCAGACCUGCUCGUCCGGGGAGCGGAGGAAGGAAGGCGUCAGCAUCAACCAAUCACUGCUUACCUUGGGGAAGGUGAUCUCGUCCCUGGCAGAACACGGGGGCAGCAGGAAGAGCUUCGCGCCGUACCGCGAGUCUCUGCUCACGUUCUUGCUGAAGGAGAGCCUGGGCGGCAACUCGCGCACCGUGAUGCUCGCCACGGUCAGCCCGGCGAGCUGCCACGCGGACGAGACGGUGGCCACGCUGCGCUACGCUUGCCAGGCACGCAAGAUCGUCAACCGCGUGCGCGUCAACGAGGUGCCCCAGAUCUCCGUCAUAAGGAGCCUGACGGCGGAGGUGGCGCGGCUGAACGCGGCGCGGGAGCAGUACGAGGGCCACCUGAAGACGUGCGGGGACGACGCGCGGUCGCGGGAGGCGCUGGCGGAGCUCCGGAGGCAGCACGACGACCACCUGCGCGGCUGCCGCGGCGCGGAGGAGACCCGGGGCCUGCGGGCGGAGCUGGAGGAGCUCAGGCGCGCCGCCGCCGCCGCAUCGCAGGGUGAGGCCGCGCUGAAGGAAGAGCUGCGCGCAGUCAGGCGGGAGUACGACGCGCACCUCGGCUCCUGCCGGCCGGGCGUCGACGCUGAGCGAGUCCAACAGCUGGCCGACCAGCUGCAGCUGGCCCGCGCCGAGCUCGCGCAGCUCAGGAGCCGCGGCCAGGCGGACGAGACACGGGCCGUGGCGUCGCAGUGCGACGAGUGGAGGGAGAAGUGCGCGGGGCUGGAGCGACGUUUAGAAGAAUCACAGCAGCUGUGCAAGCAGCAGGACAAGGAGCUGAGCGAACUGAAGCAUCAGCACUUGAAGGAGCAGUCGGACGUUAGCAACCAACUGAAUAACUUUAAUGUGCAAUUGAAAAGCAUCAAGGACCGAUUUACCAACUUGCCACAGUUCUACGACCAACCACUGCCUGCAUCCAGCUACGAGAACACUGCAGACUCAUUACGCACCAGACUCUUGAAGAAGUUGGCGAGUGCAUUAUCAAAUGACAAGUCAACCAGUGCCAGCGAGAUCACCUCGACAUCAGAGGACAUCCAAUCACCUCUCUCCAUCAGUGCCUGCAGUUCAACAGUGAAUGAGGCGGACUUGUCUUCGCCACAGCUGGAAAUUACCCUCGGAAGGCUGUCGACUGGCUCGACCGGCACAGACAACACUGACGAAGAUGCACUCGACCAAACCCAGUCGUUUAUUUCACAGGGUUCCAGCACAGCAGGCCCGGCGGAGGAGACUGCGGAGGAGAUCCUGUACUACCUGCAGGACGGCUGCGACCGCCUGAGGGAGCGGUGCGGGGGCGGGGAGCGGGUGGGGGCGGCCGUCGCUCGGCUCAGUCAGGCCGUGGGAGACCUGCAGGAGGCGCUGCUGGAGACCCCGUCGCAGUGGGAGCUGUCCAGCCACUUCUCCCCGCCCAGCCCCUCCGUCACGCCCGCCAAGCCCAGCCUGCGGUCCCCGGCGGUCGCGCGCCAGGCCACGCCCAAGUGCGUCUCCUUCCGGCUGCGCGACGACGCCGAUGCCGACGCCUAGCCGCCCUCCAUUGUCUGGCUACAGUCACUAGUUCUGGUGGUUUCCAUUGUCUGGCUACAGUCACUAGUUCUGGUGCUUUCCAUUGUCUGGCUACAGUCACUAGUUCUGGUGCUUUCCAUUGUCUGGCUACAGUCACUAGUUCUGGUGGUUUCCAUUGUCUGGCUACAGUCACCAGUUCUGGUGCUUUCCAUUGUCUGGCUACAGUCACUAGUUCUGGUGCUUUCCAUUGUCUGGCUACAGUCACUAGUUCUGGUGGUUUCCAAUCAUACCACUUUCCUGAGGUUAAGACACAAUAAACUUCAACUGCGGUUUUAAUUCAGACAUGGUUGUUCUUGAUUCUCUUAUUGAUAAUUGUUAGAUUUAUAGCAUUAUGCGUUUAUGUACCAAUAACAGGAAAACUUUUUUUUCAACUGUUAAAAAUGAAAUUGUCACUUUUCAAUUAGUUUGUAUAGCUUAUUAAUUUUUUUAUAUGAAUGGGUUUGCAUUUCCAACUACUUUGAAUACAAGUUAAAAUUAUAA